ACUUUGAAUGAUCAAGGUCACUGAAACCAGAAGAGACACUUUUGGUGGUUCAGUGGGCUCCAACCUCUAAACUCACAUUUUUUCAACUGUGUACGUUAGCUUAGAAGCUAACCGCUCGGUAUUGCGAAUGAUGGACUAGCCGUUUCUGCUUCCCCCCAAAAUGCGAGAUAUUGAUGAGAACGUUGCUUUUGCCUCACUUUACAAUAAUCAAUUCGGAUUAAUAUUUGGACGUUCUGAUAUUAAUUUGGCAGCUUCUACCUCUGUGAUUGAAGGACUUCCUGAUGAACAGAGGACAUCUCCAGUUCGACGCACAUUUCUGCUUGCUGUUCUUUUCGACAUUAUUCUAAGUUUUAUUCUGUGGAUUAUAUAUACUAAACAAACGUAUCCUCUCAGUAUUGGUGAUGCAAUGUUGGAAGAAAUAAAAAAUUAUGAUUUCUCUAAAUCACUUUUCGAUACAGUUAUGUUAUCAGCUUUCCGGUUUAUUCUUAUGGAAAUAACUUAUGGCGUAGUUCAAAGUCGCACUCCGUGGUGGUCCGCUAUUUCUACUGGUUUAACAAGUUUAAUUCUGGUUGUUAAAUGUUUCAUUUUUAAUUUUCAUCAAAGGACUCCAGAUAAUCAAGGUCUAGCGUAUGCUGUUUUAAUCGCAUCAUUAAUCAUUUCAUGGAUUGAAACCACCUUCUUAAUUUAUCGCGUCAUUCCUCAAGAAAAAGCUGCCAAUCGUGUAACAAUGUGUUUAAAAGAGCAGGAUGAAACUCGAAGUUUGUUAAGUUCACGACUUGAGAAUCGUGUUCCUUGGUAUUCUGGUCUUUCUGUACGGUCUAUGAGCAAUGCAGAUUUUUAUACACCACAAGGUUCACUAUUCGGAGAUGAAUCACCUGUAAAAAUUCCGAAAUCUCAUAAUCUUGAAGCUGCUGUAGAUGUAGCUGCUUUGUUACAUCGUACCAAUUCUUUACAAACAGAAAUGUGGAAUUUAUACGAAAAUGAAAUUUGGGGUGAUAAUUCACCUUCUGUCAAUAUCAAGUAUCCACUUCGAUCUGAAGCGUUGCCUAAUUAUCCUGCUAAGGUUUAUCGCCUAGAGGGUUUAUUGUCAGUUUCACCGUUUCAUUUAUUUAAUGAUAUGGUUAUAAAUGUCCAUGAGACGCCUAGCUGGAAUACUACUCUGACAUCCGUUGAGUGCAUCCAAGCCUUGGCUUCAGAGAAUAUUGACAUCAUACACAAUAUGGCUAAAGAGGCUGUCGGAGGUUUAAUAUCUGCCAGAGAUUUUGUUCUGUUGAGAUCAUGGGGAAUACAUAACAAUAAUUGUUACUUUAUAUGUUGUACUUCUGUUGAACAUCCUAAAUGUCCACCGAUUCCAAAUUAUGUACGUGCUGAACAAGUAAUUAGUGCAUGUAUAUUCCGACCAAUUCCUGAUUGUCCAAAUCAAUGCAAUUUAGUAUGGUUCUUAUGCAAUGAUUUAAAGCUGGGAAUUCCUCAAAGACUUCUAGAUAGAUCAUUGAAUUCUCUUCUACCUUCAAUGAUGGCUGGUUUAAUCGAAAGAUGUAAAUUAAUAGAAAAUACUCCUGUUGAUGACUUUUUUGUUAAUAUUCAACCGCGCCGUGCACACACAAAAAAAAAACACGGUAAACGUUCAGCCAGAAAACAUCAUGCUCGUUCAAAGGCCAUAAUAAAGGCGUUGGAUUCAGUACAAGAAAAUGUUAGUCAUUCGUCUGAAGACAGUGGUACUGCUGCUGAUAAUUUACACUCAGAAACUCAAAAGUUAAUUUAGUGAAUCUAUUGAAUCAUUUUUUCUACUAUGUAUAACUUCUGCUCAUUUGUAUUGUCAGUUGCUAGAUAAUUAAGUGACAUAAAUGAUUGCUUAAUACUUCCAAUCACUUGUAAAUCAUUCAUUUCUGCCAUUACUGUUUCGUAAGCAAUAUUUUAUGAAGAUCUACAAUAGACUACUAACUUAAUUUAUUUGUUUGUCUUCUCAGAUUGAUUUCAUCUCUAUAUCCGGUAAUGUAUAGUUUAUAUUAUGAUUAUUAUUAAUAUUUUUUUGUAAAUAAAAAAGCAAAACAGUGA